GCCAAAAGCAUUCCAACAACUGCUAGGUUAGAUAUCUGUAAACUUGUUUUAAAUGUUGUCUCACUGCCUUGUCGCGUGGGAUGUCAAAUUGUCUUCCAAGAAGAUCACGUCUCAUCUCCCUAGUCUCCCACCCAGGAUUUUUUUUUAUGAUAGAAAGAAAGCCAGGCCUUGUUACUGUUGUCCAGCAUUUUUGGUGAUUUUUGUAAGUUUACUGUAUAGGGUUUUAUCUGCCAUGUGUAUGGAUAAGUCUGUGGUCAUUCAAUCACCUGCUAAUUCCAGCGAGUGUUGCAGACAAACCUCAUGCCUUUAAGAAUCCAACCAAGCUGAGCUGUCAGGAUGUCCACCCAACCAUGUGGCAGAGUGGCAGCCCAGAGUCGCCAAUGUACAGAAGUGGCAUUUAUCACAAACUGUUUUGAAUUCACAGCGGGGUGCACACCAAUGGCCAGUGAUCAGCAAACUCUGGGAUUCACAGUAGAUGACAGCGUUAUCAUUGAUAAGACGACAGACCUCUCUGGAGAUACAGAAACACGGGCACUGCAAAGGCCUGAACUUCACGGUAAAAUUACAAAGCUGGAGGAGGAACUCCAACUUCAGAGAAACAUCAAUGAGAUUCUGAGAAAAGAAAAUGCAGCUUUAAAGGAUUAUUUGAGAAGCACAGAUUCAAACACAUCUGCAAAUCCAAACAUGGAUUCAGCUAAUCACAGCCAGUGUGCUACCCAGUCACCUUCUACCCCGAAAGAAGCCUUCAGGAAGAGCAAUGUGAGGACAGGCUAUGAUGCUGAAUUCGCUAAAGCUCUCAAGAUCUUCUAUCAAAGCAUGAACCGAGUGCGUGGACAGCUUCACAGCUUACUGCACCACCGAUUAAAUGUAUGUUGUAUGUGGAUAUUUUGACAUUUACUUUCAUGUUCAGCAUGUUGCUUCUAUUUUAAAACCAUCUUGUCAGUAAAGGGAUUAUACAGUGCAGCUGCUUCACUCUCUUGUCUAAAGAGUAAUGUAUUUGAACAAUUCUCAGGUUAUGCUUUACAUUCUGACCAGAAUUUUGAGAUAAAUACACCCCAAAUAGAUGAAAUAUUGAUUAAAUAAACUUGAAAGUGGAAAAUGCAGCAUGGUGGAGUAGUGGUGACACUACUUCACAGCUCUUGCACGUUGCAUUCAGAUCCCGGCCUGAUUAUCAUCUGUUUAGGGUUUUCCCCCACAUACUAUUCAGUGGGCCUUGCCUUUCACCUGGUGCUGCUGGGAGAGACCCUAUCACCCCACAGGACCUCUAACU